CUGUUUGUGUCUCCGGGGAGCUACUCGGUCAAAGGCUCACCUGAGCGGGUCCAGGUGCCUCUGGGCGGCGACGCCCACCUUCCCUGCCGUCUGCAUCCAGCAUCCGAUGUCAGAAGCCUCACAGUUUUGUGGGAAUUAAACGGAACUCAGGUGUACUCUUACCGAAGCAAAUCUCCCUCAUCCGACGUUGAUGCGAGAUUCAUGGACAGAACAUCUCUAAACGACACAGACAUGUCCAGUGGGAACAUUUCCCUGACGCUGCACAACAUCACGGAGGAGGACGAAGGAAUGUAUACCUGCAUCGUUCCCAGACGGUUUAAGGCCACAGUCACUCUGGUUGUUGGAUACUCUAAAGGGCUGUUUGUGUCUCCAGGGAAAUACUCGGUCAACGGCUCACCUAAGCGGGUCGUGGUGCCUCUGGGCGGCGACGCCCUCCUUCCCUGCCAUCUGCAUCCAGCAUCCGAUGUCAGAAGCCUCACAGUUUUGUGGGAAUUCAACGGAACUCAGGUGUACUCUUACCGAAGCAAAUCUCCCUCAUCCGACGUUGAUGCGAGAUUCAUGAACAGAACAUCUCUAAACGACACAGACAUGUCCAGCGGGAACAUUUCCCUGACGCUGCACAACAUCACGGAGGAGGAUGAAGGAAUGUAUACCUGCAUCGUUCCCAGACGGUUUAAGGCCACAGUCCACGUGGCUGUUGGUGAGUUCUGCUGA